ACAUUAGUAUUAGCAAACCUAAGACUCAGUCUUCACUUUGUACUCCAUAAAACUAUUAUCUCACGCUCAACUACUUCAAAACAUAUCUCAGUUAUUGGUUGGCUGCAAAAUCUUCAGCAAAAUAACCAUGGAUGUCCUCAAGAACACGCCAUGGUUAAACCACUGUGUUGUUUUCAUGUGCUUAUUAUUCUCUUUAAACCUCCAUGUUUGCUAUGCAGCUGAUAGAAUCACAGCAAGCCAGUCUCUUUCCGGCGAUCAAACAAUAGUUUCUAGAGGUGGGAUCUUCAAACUGGGGUUCUUUAAGCCAGGUAACUCCUCCAAAUUCUAUAUAGGUAUGUGGUACAACAGGGUCUCUCAACAGACUCUAGUUUGGGUUGCAAAUAGAGAGACACCAGUUUCUGACAGAUUUUCUUCCGAGUUAAGAGUGUCUGAUGGUAAUUUGGUUCUUUUUAAUGAGUCUAAACUAGCAAUUUGGUCCACAAAUGUUAGCUCUAAUGGCCAAGUAGAAGCAGUGCUUCUUGAUGAUGGAAAUCUUGUGUUGAAUAGUAGUGGGAAUUCCUCAGAGCCAUUAUGGCAGAGUUUUGAUCACCCGGGUGAUACAUGGCUACCCGGAGCCAAAGUUGGAUUGGACAAAGUUACAGGAAAGAAUACUCGUCUCGUUUCUUGGAAGAAUAAACAAGAUCCUGCACCAGGUUUAUUUUCUCUCGAGAUAGACCCGAACGGAACCAGUCAAUACUAUAUCCUGUGGAAUGAUUCUAAAAUAUAUUGGUCUAGUGGAACUUGGAAUGGCCAGAUCUUUAGCUUGGUGCCUGAGAUGAGAUUGAAUUAUAUCUACAACUUUAGUUACAUUAAUAACAGUAAUGAAAACUACUUCACUUAUUCUCUGUAUAACUCCUCUAUUAUCUCUCGAUUCGUGAUCGAUGUUGGAGGGCAGAUUCAGCAGCAGUCGUGGUUGGAGCCGUCGAAACAAUGGAGUUUGUUUUGGUCACAGCCCAGAGUACAGUGUGAAGUAUAUGCUUUUUGUGGAGCUUUUGCAAGCUGCAACGUCAAAUCUCAGCCUUUCUGUCAUUGUUUGACAGGUUUCGUUCCGGAAAUGAUAGAUGAGUGGAACUCAGAGGUUUAUUCUGGGGGCUGUGUGAGGAGGAGGAGUAGUAAUCUGCAGUGUGGGAAUUCUAGUCUUGUUAAUGGGAGAAAAGAUGGGUUUUUAGCUAAUCCCAAUAUGGGUUUGCCUGCAGAUUCAGUCACAGUGCCUGUAGUUGGGAGUGCAGCAGAAUGCGAAUCGAGCUGCUCCACCAACUGCUCAUGUACUGCUUAUGCUUAUGAUAACAAUCUGCAGUGUAAAAUCUGGACAGGGGAGCUCAUGGACUUAAAGCAGCUCGCGGAUGGCGACUCUAACGGCGAAACGCUCUAUCUUAGACUUGCGGCUACUGAGUUUUCGAGUUCUAAAAAUAACAAUGGAGUUGUUAUUGGGGCGGUAGUAGGUACAGUGGUGGUUGUACUUGUGCUUGGCCUUGUUCUGUUUAUAGUCUUGAGAAGAAAGAGGAAAAUGAAAAGGGGUGAAGCUGUGGAGGGUUCCCUAAUUGCUUUUGGGUACAAAGAAUUACAGCACGCGACGAAGAAUUUCUCGGAUAAACUGGGAGGAGGAGGGUUUGGGUCUGUUUUCAAGGGAACAUUGCCAGAUUCAAGUGUGGUUGCUGUGAAGAAGCUGGAAAGCAUCAGCCAAGGAGAGAAGCAGUUCCGCACAGAAGUGAGCACAAUUGGAACGGUUCAGCAUGUGAAUCUUGUUCGCCUUCGAGGGUUCUGCUCCGAGGGUGCUAAGAAGCUACUGGUUUACGAUUACAUGCCAAAUGGUUCUCUUGACCAUCAUCUUUUCCACAAAAAAGAAAGAAAGGCUUUCGACUGGAAGACGAGGUACAAUGUCGCUUUGGGGACAGCAAGAGGGCUGGCGUAUCUCCACGAGAAAUGCAGGGACUGCAUUAUACACUGCGACAUUAAGCCCGAGAACAUCCUUUUGGAUGCCGAAUUUUGCCCAAAAGUUGCAGAUUUCGGGCUGGCAAAGCUGGUGGGGCGGGAUUUCAGCAGAGUGCUAACGACAAUGAGAGGAACAAGAGGGUAUCUGGCGCCAGAGUGGAUAUCAGGAGUGGCUAUAACUGCAAAGGCAGAUGUGUACAGCUACGGAAUGAUGCUGUUUGAACUGGUAUCGGGAAGCAGAAACUCGGAGCAAUCAGAAGAAAGGGUGGGAUUCUUCCCGAGUUGGGUUGCGAGGCAGGUAACGGAAGGGAAGGGCGACAUCCUUGAAAUAUUGGAUCCCUUCCUCGAGGAAAAUGGCGAUGCCGAAGAGGUAACAAGAGUAUGCAAAGUAGGUUGCUGGUGUAUCCAAGAUGAUGAAAGCCAGAGGCCAUCAAUGGGACAAGUUGUGCAGAUUCUUGAGGGAGUUUUGAAUGUAAACUUACCUCCUAUUCCGAGAUCACUCGAGGUGUUUGCUCAAAACCAAGAUCACAUCAUAUUCUUCACAGAAUCUUCUUCUAAUUCUUCCUCAAACAUCAAAACCAACACAUCAUCAUAAUCUUAAAAAUACAGCAACUGGCCUGCUUCCUACAUUAUCACCUUAAAUGAUAGUAGUUGUUUCUUUUUAGUUCGCAUGUAUUUAUAUAUGUAUGUAUGGUUUGCUUAUUCUAUUCAAUCAAGAUCCCAGUUUUGCAA